CCCUCACCGCACAUACCCCCCUUCUCAGCCUACAAUGGCCCACCCACAAGUACAGAUACAACUAGUAAAGCAAGGCGACGGCAUUCACCGAGCAAAGAUACGCGGAGACGUCAUACUCAUCAACUACACCGCUACUCUCGCCGACGGUACCGUGGUAGACACGACCCUGACACGGGGCAAGUCCUAUAGACUCGAGUACGGCCAAGGGGACGCAAUCAGCGGCUUGGACUGGGUCCUCGGACGGCCAAAUAUGACACUCGGCGCACGUGCAAAAGUCGUCAUCCCUGCCUGCUACGCAUACGGAAAACGCGGUUGGCCACCCAUGAUCCCUGGCGAUGCGACGCUCUUCUUUGACCUCGAGGUCGUGGGCGUGAACCAGAGGGUGUGUAAGAGCGAUUGGUAUGCUUGAGCGCUUCGUGCUUGCCUCUUUACGCGAGCUCUGGUCCUAUUGCUCUCGACGGGCUGCGAUCUGCCUCCCAUACCUGCUCUGCUCUCGCUCUGGCCGCCAGUCUGCCGUACGCACCACAGGUACUUUCCUUUUUCUCCCCGCCCUAUGACCGCACGGCUCCUGGUCCUCUACCCUCCCCUCGUCUGGUCCCUUGCUUCGCCGCAUCUUGUCCUCGCGCUGCGUCUCUUACCCCCCAAGAUUCAUUCACCAGCUCCUCAUAACCCAAAUCUCCCGGAGCUCACCGCUUUCGCACCCGUUAUUCCCAACCUCACCGCUACCCGCACUGCAUCCCCACAUCCCUGCAUCCUGUAUUCCCCCACACCUACACCCCCAACAUGCAAGACCC